AUGCUCGGAAACCUGAACUCUUCUGUAUUCCGGAACUUUGGGUCCCAACACCAAGAGAGUUAUUCCACGCGGAACUGGAACUCAAAUCAACAUGCAUACCUUCAGGCUCUACGCGAAGGGCCCACGGCAGCUCUUGACCGCUUCCGUACCCUUUUCUUUCGUCGCGAAACUGGACCGCUAUCCGGGAACGAAGAGAUCGUCAAGCUGUCUUAUCCGCUAUGCAAAUACUAUGAAGAGUUUCCAGUGGAGAACGAUGAGCUGUGGCGUGCGUCUGCAGAUACCGAGUUUAUCGUAUUCAUAAUCGAUGUCAUCACGGGACCGGACUUCUUAGAUCAUCAUCCUCAAUUUUCUUCGAAUAUGUGUGGCCCUUUGAUGGAGCUGUUCAAAACUUGGCUAAUUGAUGUACAAUCUCGCCGAGAGCCCCGUAUCAUGUCCUCGGAUCUUCAUGGUACGAUAUGGGGAAGUAUCGAGAGUAUAUGGACGAGUAUGUGGGAUCGUCGGAGUAGCCUUGCCCAAAGAUGUGACUCAGAUGCUGCCUGGAGACGAGUCGCCAUCGCGUUCGAUCUCAUCGCGCGCGCGACAGAAGAUCUGCGGAGAGCUGCUCAUCCAGGUGUCCGCUCCUCUCCUGACGUGGUUCGCGCGGUAUACUAUUCGUGGAUAUGGUCCCACGGUGCACCAAGUCUCACUGAGGCCGAUAUUGCUAUACAGCCCUCCUUCCAUGAUGCCCCCACUCUUCUCUACGAUUACUAUAUCUCUCUGUCUUUGGAUGGCGACGUGCCUAAACCCGACUUGUCCGAGUCACAUACCUUCAUGCAAGAGCUCCAAGACGCCUUAGAUCCCAAGACAUUUGUUCGCGCUGCCCUCAACGUGCUCGCUUACUCUUCGAAAUUCGGCGACACCUCUUUGAUUUCCUUCCUCCGGAUACUCUCUUUGCAGAUGCACAUCAUUGGUCUCCACUGCUACGCUGCUGCUCCUCUACUUUCGGCUAUCGAUACGGCCCUGGCGCGACAAAACACUAUUGGUUCUGGGAAUGACGUGCUACAGAGUAUGACAGCUUACGGAGCGGCUUUCGAACACAUACGGAAUAUGAUCUCUGGACUCGUUUUAGGGGAUAUCUCGGUGGCGGCUUUCCCCGGAGAUCGGUUUUGGAAUAUACUUGUGGGAGGACUUCCCUCUGCUUACUCGGCCGACUCAUGGCUGCGUCACGAGCAAGGGUUCUGCCAGUGUGGCGAUCAUGCAAUCUUGACUGAGGGUUUGGCUGAGUUCCUCGAUUCUCUGUCGGGUCUGACGGAUACUCUGAUAUCCGAUGUUGAGGGCGAACGUCUUCCACAGAGUGCCAUAGAUGAAGUCCGCGAUGCCGGUGUGAGUCCGCGAACACAAGCUAACGGCAUAUGGUACGACGUCCUGCUUUCACUGCGUCGGACUGCACGCCACAACCCAACUUGGACGACAUACACAACCCUCCUCGACCUUUGGGGGAAGCUCGGGAAGGCUUUAGGUAUCGACGAAGCGUCUCAACGGGACAUUGAGGCCGCGCACCGUGCGCGUCAGUGCUGGUGGCCUUCGUGUCCGGCGCAUUUGAGGCCAUCCGAGAAGCCAUUACUCGUUUGCAAGGGUUGUAAGGAAGCUCGAUAUUGCUCGGCAGCAUGUCAACGGAGCGAUUGGAAACAAGGUGGCCAUCGCGCAGAGUGCCGCAGGGUGAAAUAG